CCACUUUCAUUUCAUUUUGUUAUUUGAUAAAUAUUCAUUUGUCUCGCUGUCGCUGCCGACGCUGCUGACUGUGGAAGGUCGAUCGUGGCGCGGUUGCGGGGUGGGUGUUUUUCUAUCGUUGUGUAAUUUUUACGUUUCUCCUUCAAAUUCCAUAUUUUUAAUUGUUUAAAAUAAGGGCAAGUUUAUCAAACGAUUAGUCAAAAUGGGGUCGUUGUUCCGAAGUGCGGAAAUGACGCUUUGUCAGCUGUUCUUGCAAAGUGAGGCCGCUUAUGCAUGUGUAUCUGAACUUGGUGAACUAGGUCUUGUCCAAUUCAGAGACCUCAAUCCAGACGUUAAUGUGUUCCAAAGGAAGUUUGUUAAUGAAGUCAGAAGAUGCGACGAAAUGGAAAGGAAGCUCCGUUAUUUGGAAAAAGAAAUUAAAAAAGAUGGCAUCCCUAUGUUGGAUACUGGGGAAAAUCCUGAGGCCCCUCAACCAAGAGAAAUGAUAGAUUUGGAGGCGACGUUUGAGAAGCUUGAAAAUGAACUUCGUGAAGUCAACCAAAAUGCUGAAGCCUUGAAAAGAAAUUUUCUCGAGCUAACUGAAUUAAAACAAAUCCUACGUAAGACACAAGUGUUCUUUGAUGAGCACGAGGGGGGCACUAACCCCACUGAAUCUAUGACCAGGGCCCUCAUAAACGAAGACUCUAUUGCAAGGCAGAGCGGCUCCGUACAAUUAGGUUUUCCGGAGAAGAAUUACGAUCCAGAGGAAUACUACCCAUGCUUUGUUGCUGGAGUGAUUCUUCGAGAAAGGAUCCCUGCGUUUGAAAGGAUGUUAUGGAGAGCUUGCAGGGGCAAUGUGUUUUUGCGUCAAGCUGAAAUUGAAACACCAUUAGAAGACCCUUCAACGGGUGACCAAGUCUAUAAAUCUGUUUUCAUCAUUUUCUUCCAAGGUGACCAACUCAAGACCAGAGUAAAGAAAAUUUGUGAAGGUUUCAGAGCAACUUUGUAUCCCUGUCCCGAAGCACCUGCCGAUCGUAGAGAAAUGGCAAUGGGAGUGAUGACUCGUAUUGAAGAUCUUAACACUGUUUUGGGACAAACUCAAGAUCACAGACACAGAGUUCUGGUUGCUGCGGCCAAAAAUAUCAAAAACUGGUUUGUUAAAGUGCGAAAAAUCAAAGCCAUCUAUCACACUCUUAAUCUGUUUAACUUGGAUGUAACUCAAAAAUGUUUGAUUGCCGAGUGUUGGGUGCCCGUUUUAGAUCUGGAAAAUAUUCAGUUGGCUUUGAGACGAGGAACGGAACGCAGUGGAAGUUCAGUGCCACCAAUCCUAAAUCGAAUGGACACACCAGAAGACCCUCCCACUUACAAUCACACAAACAAAUUUACGUCAGCUUUCCAGGCACUAUACGAUUCCUAUGGAAUAGCUUCUUAUAGGGAAAUGAAUCCCACUCCAUACACCAUUAUUACGUUCCCUUUCCUGUUCGCUAUUAUGUUUGGCGAUUUUGGUCACGGUGCGCUUAUGGCGGUAUUUGGCGCUUGGAUGGUACUGAAGGAGAAGCCUUUAGCUGCGAAAAAAUCUGAUAAUGAGAUCUGGAAUAUAUUCUUUGGUGGUCGUUACAUUAUUUUACUUAUGGGAUUGUUUUCAAUGUACACUGGUUUGAUAUACAAUGAUGUCUUUUCGAAAUCAGUAAAUAUAUUUGGAUCAAGUUGGAAAGUGUCGAAUUUAACUCUUAAAUAUGUUGAAUCGAUCACAACUGACCAUAUGUUGGAUCCUGCAACAGACGAUUAUGUUCAAUAUUCCUAUCCAUUUGGAUUGGAUCCUGUAUGGCAAUUAUCCAAAAACAAAAUUAUAUUUUUGAACUCGUUCAAAAUGAAGCUCUCGAUCAUCAUUGGUAUUAUCCAUAUGUUGUUUGGUGUUGCUAUCAGCUAUUUCAAAAAUGUGAACUUCAAUAACCACCUCAACAUCAUCUGUGAAUUUAUCCCUCAAGUAAUUUUCCUAACAUUCUUGUUCUUCUACAUGGUACUUUUGAUGUUCAUCAAGUGGUUUAUGUAUUAUCCUACAAACGAACCAACUGAAAUUGUUUACGGUACAAGAUGCGCUCCUUCAAUUCUGAUUACCUUUAUCAACAUGGUCCUCAAUAAGCGCACACCAUAUGAACCAAUUUGUGAAACUUCCAAUAUGUAUGCUGGGCAAGAGGGUAUCCAGAAAUUUCUGUUUUUCGCCGCGUUUCUUUGUGUACCAUGGAUGUUGUUGGCCAAGCCAAUUAUGAUUAAUAGAGCUAGAAAAGCUGCAGCUCUUCAUAAUACAAACCACAACCAACUUCAUUCAGCUACAGAAAAUGGAGAUGCUGAACAGCCGAUGCAUAAUAAUACUUCCCAAACACCAGUUGUCACCCAAGGAGGUGGUGGAGGUCAUGAUGAAGAGCCCAUGUCUGAAAUUUACAUUCACCAGGGGAUUCAUACUAUUGAAUACGUUUUGGGUUCAAUUUCUCACACCGCUUCUUAUCUUCGGUUGUGGGCUUUGUCUCUAGCCCAUGCACAGUUGUCUGAAGUACUAUGGCAAAUGGUGCUCAAUAAGGGAUUGACAGUAGAAGGUUGGGCAGGUGGCGUCGCCCUCUAUAUAAUUUUCGCUAUUUGGGGAUCUUUGACUAUCUCCAUUUUGGUAUUAAUGGAAGGGUUGUCUGCUUUCUUGCACACCCUCCGUCUUCAUUGGGUGGAGUUCUGUUCCAAAUUCUACUCAGGAGCAGGUUACGCAUUCCAACCGUUUUCAUUCGAAAUCAUUCUCGAGUCUGCAAGUCAAGCAAAGGAGGAAUAGGCAUCCUACCGGCUAUUUAGUUUAUUGCUUUCAUCGUUAUCAAUGUGGUUAGAUAUCACUAGCACCACCACAACCGAUUUGUAUAACAUAGUGCGAGCUGUAUCUUCCAAUAAUUGUUGUUAAUGUAAUAACCAUCUAAAUGUAACUUUUGAGGUCUUGAUUAUUUAUUUCUUGUAGCUGUUGAUGCGGUACUUAAGAGCAUAAUUAUGUUUUUUUUUUAAAGUAUAAUCCUAUAAGUGUAUGUUAUGUAUUCCAAAAAAUAAUUAAAUAAAUUCAUUCUAAUUGAGGAGUUAUA